AUGAACCAUCGCAAGCCAGACCAAGUUUUCAGCGGUAUGGAAAUCGGCGUACCCCCCAGCCAGCCUCUUCCGCUGCCGCCCCUGAGGCCGAAGAGGAAGCCGGUCGCGCUUCACGAACAUAGUCGCUCGUGGGCCGACUUUGGAGGGCCCAGAACCAGCGCCCCGCCACGACCUCCUCCACCGCCGGCUCCGAGGUGGCAGAGCGAGUUAUCCCAAUGGCAGACCUCGUCUCCGAGACGCUCCUCGGUCGACUCGCCGGAGAACAUGUCCUUUGAAAGCGGCGUCCUGCCGCCGGCUCAGAGACCCCGUCUCGACGACGGCCACGCGAGCCUCCUCUCGCUGCCCCUCCGCACCGCCCUCCCCCACGAGCACGACGAUGCACAACACGCCAGCAGCCCGGGCAAGCGAGACCUCACGUUGGCAACCGACAACCACGCCCAGGCGACGACGAUGCCUGCCUCGCGAACAAGCAGCCUCUACAGCACGGAACAAGACCUGCCGCUCUCCGAGCCGGCGCGCACGCUGGGCCUCUUCGAGCGCGAGCCCGCGCGGCGGCGCGAGUCGCUGCCCGCGGGGCCCCGCUCGCCGAGCCUGCAUCACUUCGAGACGCUGCCCGCGCGGCGGAGCAACUACAACGAGCACAGCGUCGACCUGGCGCGGGACCUGUACCACGCGACGGCGACGCAGCUUGCGGUUCUGACGCGGGGUGGCGGGCGCGGGGGCGCGUUGAGCUUCGCGGACAAUGUGGGCCAGACGGGACGGAGGAGGGGUGUUCCGGCGAGGGUCGAGACGGGGGCGGUGCCGCCGUUGACGGAUGUGGCGAGGACGCCGUAUCCGCCGGGGUCGGGGGGUUCGCGGUUCGACGUGGAGGAGACAAAGGUCGGUAGGAGGGAGAGGUAUUCGGGGGCGUUUUCGAGGGUCUUUCGGCGUAGGAGUGGUGAGCCGCGCUCUCCUGGGUGGACGAGGCAUGGAGAUGAGCAGGUGCCUGAGCGGGAUGGCGAGCCAGGACCUGUCAUCCCCAUGAGAUCGAGGAGGGCGAGCGGUCCGGAUACACCAAGGCCCAUCUUUCUCGCCGGGCCUGAGACAGGCUUUGACGCUGAAGUUAAGCCAGGGCCUGCGUCUCCGGGACUGCUGCAUAAAAUCAACAGGCAGUGGAACGAGCUGUUGGCUCAGGCCAGGAGGACGUCUGGCCACGGACGCACCAUUGUGGAGGAGGAGAGACGGCGGGAGGUUCUCAAGGGGAAGAUCAAGGUCCUCAACGAUGGAGCACAGGUGUGA